CGGCGGCGGCGGCGAGGGGGGCGAAGAUGGCGGACGUGCUCAGCGUCCUGCGACAGUACAACAUCCAGAAGAAGGAGAUUGUGGUCAAGGGAGAUGAAGUGAUCUUCGGGGAGUUCUCCUGGCCCAAGAACGUGAAGACCAACUAUGUGGUGUGGGGGACUGGAAAAGAAGGCCAACCCAGAGAGUACUACACAUUGGAUUCAAUACUAUUUCUGCUAAAUAAUGUGCACCUCUCUCAUCCUGUUUAUGUUCGACGAGCAGCUACUGAAAAUAUUCCUGUGGUUAGAAGACCUGACCGAAAAGAUCUACUUGGAUAUCUCAAUGGGGAAGCAUCAACAUCAGCAAGUAUAGACAGAAGUGCCCCGUUAGAAAUUGGUCUUCAGCGGUCUACUCAAGUCAAACGAGCUGCAGAUGAAGUUUUAGCAGAAGCAAAGAAACCACGAAUUGAGGAUGAAGAGUGUGUACGCCUCGAUAAAGAGAGACUGGCUGCUCGUUUGGAGGGGCAUAAAGAAGGGAUUGUGCAGACUGAACAGAUUAGGUCUUUGUCUGAAGCUAUGUCAGUGGAAAAAAUUGCUGCAAUCAAAGCCAAAAUUAUGGCUAAGAAAAGAUCUACUAUCAAGACUGAUCUAGAUGAUGAUAUAACUGCCCUUAAACAGAGGAGUUUUGUGGAUGCUGAGGUAGAUGUGACCAGAGAUAUUGUCAGCAGAGAGAGAGUGUGGAGGACAAGAACAACUAUCUUACAGAGCACAGGAAAGAAUUUUUCCAAGAAUAUUUUUGCAAUUCUUCAAUCUGUAAAAGCCAGAGAAGAAGGGCGUGCCCCUGAGCAGCGGCCUGCUCCGAAUGCAGCACCAGUGGAUCCCACAUUGCGUACUAAGCAGCCUAUCCCAGCUGCCUACAACAGAUAUGACCAGGAAAGGUUUAAAGGAAAAGAAGAAACCGAAGGCUUUAAAAUUGAUACUAUGGGCACCUAUCAUGGUAUGACACUGAAAUCUGUGACGGAAGGUGCAUCUGCUCGUAAGACUCAAACACCUGCAGCCCAGCCAGUACCUAGACCAGUUUCUCAAGCAAGACCUCCUCCAAAUCAGAAGAAAGGAUCACGAACACCCAUUAUAAUUAUUCCUGCAGCUACCACUUCCUUAAUAACCAUGCUUAAUGCAAAAGACCUUCUCCAGGAUCUGAAAUUCGUUCCUUCAGAUGAAAAGAAAAAACAAGGCUGUCAACGAGAAAAUGAAACACUAAUUCAGAGAAGAAAAGAUCAGAUGCAACCAGGGGGCACAGCAAUCAGUGUCACUGUACCUUAUAGAGUGGUAGACCAGCCCCUUAAACUUUUGCCUCAAGACUGGGACCGGGUUGUAGCCGUUUUUGUGCAAGGUCCUGCUUGGCAGUUCAAAGGUUGGCCUUGGCUUUUGCCUGAUGGAUCACCAGUUGACAUAUUUGCUAAAAUUAAAGCCUUCCAUCUCAAGUAUGAUGAAGUUCGUCUAGAUCCAAAUGUUCAAAAAUGGGAUGUAACGGUAUUAGAACUCAGCUAUCACAAACGUCACUUGGAUAGACCAGUUUUCUUACGUUUCUGGGAAACUCUGGACAGAUACAUGGUGAAGCAUAAAUCCCACUUGAGAUUCUGAAUUACUCGGUUCCUUUCCUGAAAAUCGGGAAUAAGAAGCAUGGAUAUAUACCUUGGUGUUAAGACUGAUUGAAACUUGAGUUCUAUGAAUUUAUCAAGAACUUAAAAGUGAAGAUGAUCACAGAUCAGUCUUUAUGAGACCUUAUUUGAUGCUCUGUGCUUCAAAGGGGUGAUGCCUGUCAUCCAUAUAAGCAAACUUUUUUGGCUUACAACUAUUUUUUUAAUAUUAGGCUUCUAGUCUGUAAUGGAAAUUGUAUAUUUUGAUAGAAGUUUUUCUCUAUUGGUUAAAUUAGCAUUACUUAAAAUUUGUUUCUUUAGAAAUAAAUACAGGUUAUAAAUGUGUGUAUAUUUAGAGGUUAUAAGGCUCACUAAGCCAUCUUGCUUCUGAGUUUUCAUUGCUCUAUAAUUCCUUUUACUAAAAAUACUGUGUUAUAAGUGGUAUUAAAUUUUAAACUCUAAAACUUAAAACCUACAAAGAGGUGUGACUAUUGAAUUUUUCAAAAGUCAGCCUGUAUGUAUGCUAUGUCUAGACUUAACUAUUUAAAAAGGAAUAAUGAAAAAUCAAGAAGAUUCUCCAGCUUUGGUUGAACUGUUCAGCCUUUCCAAGAGUUGUUUUUUAAUUGGAUACAUUUAAUGAAUGUACAUUCUUCUCAUUGACUUUGAUGAUUUUAAGACAUAAAAUGAUACAUUUCUAUUUGGAAUAUCUUUCCACUUGAAAAAUUUCAAAACAAAUAUUGAAAAAGUACUAGGCUAUAGUAAUUUUUAUUUUGGGAGCUAGACUGUGAUUUGGGGGAAGAAUACAUUAUUAGCCCUGUUACAGUGUAACUUUAACUAUCGUUUCUCUCCUAGGUCCUCUUUGAUUAUUGUUUUCUAUAAAGACUUAGGAUUUUGAUUUUUUUGUUUUCUAGGCAUGUCAGUUUUGGACUUCUUCCAUUAUCUCUAAAUAUUGUUAUAAUCCCAGGCACCAAAGAACACAUUUGCUUAAGUGUCUGAAAAGAAACAAGAUAAAAACACUGGUAUUUUUAUGUGUGUAUUCAAUGUGGUAUAAAAUAUAAAACUUAUAUUUUAACUUAGUAAAAUAUUUUGCUAUUUCUCUACUUUGAACAGAGUGUUGCAUCAAAGCAACAGUGAAUGACCAUGUUUCUUGAAUCCUGGUUUCAACUUUUACUACUUAAAAGCUACUUUUACUUCAAAGAACUUUUGCUGUAAAUUAUUUUUGCCAUUAAGAACUGUUGUCGACCAUUUAGUCUUGUGUCAUUUUUUCCCCCAGUGAUUCUCUAAUAGGUCAACAUAAUUUUUUUGUAAACAUUUUAGGUUUUUCUAAUAUAUUAAGGUGACAUUACCUAGCCUCUUUUUGGGAUUUAAUGCUAUGUUAGAAAAUGAGAAGCAGUUAUUAUUUAUUUUUUAAGUAACCACAAAAGUCCCUGCCAGUUAAAAUAAAAAUGGAGAAGAUAUUUAUUCAUGUGGAAUUAGCAGAGCUCUUCAGAAGAAAAGCAGCAUUUUAAAUUAUUAGAGUUUAGUAUAUUUAUAAUUUUGAACAGAUUAUUCCCACAUUUUUCUUUUUUCCUGCACCCCUUCUUGAUGAUAAAGGAAAACUCACUUUGUUCACAGUAGAAUUUCUCAGCAUAUAAAUCUGUUCUUAAAUUAUGUAUUGUAUAAACACUUUCCAUGAUGAAUAAAAUAGUCAUGGUGUAAUCUGUCAUAACUUUAAUGUAGGAUUUCAAGGACUACUACAAGUGGACAGGAACUACCUUUCCAUAAAGAUUUUUGUUAUUUAUAUGUGAAAUUACUUGAUACAUACUGUGGUUAAGAUUAACAUCUACUUUGAACAAGGUUUAUUUUUCUAUUUUAAAUUUGCCUUAUGUAUAUUCAAAGGCUUCUGGAUAUACUGUGUGGAACAUUAGGGAAACUACAAAUAUGCUUUACCAUGUAUUUUUAAAUCAGACCCUUAGUAUGCACUUGGAUUUCUUUUUUUUAAGUUUUUUAAGUUAUUAGAAAAGUAAUGGAUUUUCAUACAUCUGUGUCAUUUUAUUUUGUUACUUGUCCCCUUCCUCCACUGCCCUCCCCAUUCCUCCUGUGUUCCCCUCUGCUUUCAUGUUACAUAAAUUCCAUUAUACUCUUUUUUUCCCCCUCCCCUCACCCUUCCUUUACUUUCAUGGCCUGCAUGUAGGCAUACAAAUAAAUUCUGUAUUUUAUUGUUUUCCUUUUUAUUAUUUUGGUUCCUUAAUUAGGUCCAUGUAAUGUUACAAUGUUUAGUUAAAAAAAUCAAAACUCAGCCAAUCACCAUUCAUUCUCCUGUGACUCCUACAGCAGCACCUAACAGUGCUUUGCACAUAGUAGGUGCUCAGUAAUUAUUUAUAUGAAUGAAUGAAUGAGUGAUGUAUUUUUGGGUAUAACUGGUAUAUUACCUAAAAAUAGUUUGAAUAAACUUUGUCUUGGGGUUUGAGAAUACAGAUUAGAAGGCAUGAAAAUAAUUAAAUAGAUGAUGGAAAUAAAUUACAUAAUAGUAAACUCAACUUAUCUUUAGAUUGUUAAUUGGAGGUACCAUGCCUGCUUUACUUGCAAAGGAAGCUCUGUUUUGUUUUGUUUUUUUAAUUCUUUGGAAUCACCUGAGUUAACGAACAUUUUUUUAAAAAUGUAGAUUUCAAUGAGUAGCUCACAAGUUUAUCCACACAUUAAAUUCACUUGUGAAGUUUUCAGAAAUAUCUGUGGCUGAAUUCUGACUUUCAUUUAAUUUUCUUGGCUAAAACCUGGUCAUUAGUACUUUUUGGAGUUCUCCAGGUAACUUUAAUAUGCAGAAAAGAGUGAGAAUCACUGAUUUAAUUUGUUCUUGGAAAUAAUACCAGUAUUAAGUGUUUGUUUUCCCUUCCAUAGCCAUCUGUGUUUGAGUGUGUUUUGUGUUGUGGUGUUUAUGUGAGGCCACCUUUUACAUUCAAGCAAUCCCUAUUAUUGGUGGUAUUGGCUCAUAUCCCAAAAUGAAAAAUUCAAAUCUUAUUUAUUUAAUCUAGAAGGAUUAUUUUGUUGUUUAAUAUUUAAACAAUGUUUAAUGUAGUUCAUUAUUAGUAUUAUAGCUUAUGGUUUGUUUCCCACUUGUCUGUUAGUUACUAAGUGUUUUUGCCAGCAGCAUAAUAGCAGUCUGUACUGGAAUUAGCUAGCUUAUGAUGACAAAAAUCUCCACCUUUAAGUAGAAAUAUUAGUUUCCUAUCUGCUAUGCAGAAUGAGAUACAAUUUGCUUAUGAAAAGAAAGAAGCAUAGUUUUGAAUUGGUCUGCCUAGAAAAGUAAAAGUAAACUAUUUACUUAAAUAAAACUUGCUAUCUAAUAAGCAUUGGAGGGAAUAUUUUUCCUAAAUAAAUGUUUUUGUGACUCCUA